AUGGCUGAAGAAGCAUGGUGGGAUGGAGUGGAAGCAAAAACAAUAAGGAAGUGCUUCCAGAAAGCAGGCUGGCUGGGUGAACGUGAUGAUUUGGGACAGUCUCAGACGCUAGGGGAGAAUGACGAGAGAGGUCCGGUAGUUGAGGAAUUAGAUCCUGAGUCGUCUGAUGGGGUAGAAGAUCUCAUUCAGGAACUGGAUGCGGCGGAAGCAGCAAAACUUAUCGAUCCAACAGAACGUUUGUCACUGAAAGAUAUCAUCAAUCCGGAGGGGAAACAUCAAAUGGGCACGGAAAUCAGAACACUUGCAGAAAUCAUCGACCUUUGCAAAGACGGACCCGUAGACAUUGACACUGAAAGUGAAGAAGAGACUCUAUCAGCUCCAAGCUUCCAAGAACGACUCAUGGCUCUUAGUGUGGUACUAGUUAUGCUUCUUCUGGAUGGAAGUAACGAGGCUCGUCAAUCCGUAAAGUACCUCUGGUUCAUUCCUUUUGAGACAGUCUCAGAAUGGAUGUGA